UUUCCUCUCUCCCAUCUCGCUGCUUUCUAAUUCUCUCUCUACUCUCCUCCCCUCCGGCGAGCCACGUUUGCCUCCUGCGGCUAACCUUCCUUCCUUCCUUCCGCGAGGUUUUUUUGUCUCGCUCACUCUCCGGCGCCGACGUGGUUCAGGGCCUAUCUCCGACCAGAUCCGGUGCCUACUUGGCCGGAUCUGAUCUCGACGCCGAUCGCCGAUUGCCGACUAAAUUAUUCAUUGGAACAAGCUCUUGAAUUCAUCGCAUUAACAUUUCUAUCUUUAUUCUAGGUUAGCUCAUGUAUAUGCUGUUAUAAGAUGGCCCAACUUGCAAUCGCUAAAGAGGCUCUUUCCUUACACUACCAAGAGAGUAAUGAAAAUGAUGCACAGAAAAGUGGUUUUGAUUUGGGUACAUUUGUUGGGGACUUAAAUGUUGAAGACGAUGCAAGCAGUGAUGACAUAUCAUUGGAAGGACUUCAGCAAGAACUGGAGGAAUGUAAAAAUGAUCAAGUAGUUGCAAAUAUUCUAUCUAAAGGCACAAAACUACGGGAGUAUGCAAAGGGGGUGGAGAACAAUAUCCGGCAAGUUGAAUUGGACUCGAUACAGGACUACAUAAAAGAAAGCGAUAAUUUGGUUUCUCUUCAUGACCAAAUUCGUGAUUGUGACAGCAUCUUGUCGCAGAUGGAAACACUUCUCAGUGGAUUUCAGGCUGAGAUUGGUUCUAUAAGUUCAGAUAUAAAAGUUCUGCAGGAGAAAUCAAUGGAUAUGGGUUUGAAGCUAAAGAAUCGUAAGGUGGCUGAGUUGAAAUUGGCAAACUUCGUCGAGGACAUUAUAGUCCCUCCAAGAAUGGUGGACAUCAUCAUUGAUGGAGAGGUCAAUGACGAGUACAUGAGUACUCUUGAAAUUCUUAGUAAGAAAGUGAAGUUUGUAGAAGUGGACCCCAUGGUUAAAAUGUCAAAGGCUCUGAAAGACGUUCAACCGGAGCUUGAAAAACUUAGACAGAAAGCAGUUUCAAAGGUGUUUGACUUCAUUGUUCAGAAGCUUUAUGCACUGAGAAAACCUAAAACUAAUAUCCAGAUCCUUCAACAGAACAUUCUCUUAAAGUACAGGUAUGUUGUUACCUUCCUAAAAGAACAUGGCAAGGAGGUGUACACUGAGGUUCGUGGAGCAUACAUUGACACAAUGAACAAGGUUCUAAGUGCACAUUUCCGGGCGUAUAUUCAGGCACUGGAGAAACUGCAGUUGGAUAUUGCUACAUCUAGUGAUCUGAUUGGUGUAGACACUAGAAAUACUAGUCUCUUUUCAAGAGGAAGAGAACCAUUAAAGAACCGGUCUGCAGUUUUUGCUCUUGGGGAGAGAAUAAGAAUUUUAAAGGAAAUUGAUGAACCAGCGUUAAUUCCACAUAUAGCUGAAGCCAGCUCCAGCAAGUACCCUUAUGAGGUCCUCUUCAGGAGCUUGCACAAGCUGCUUAUGGAUACUGCCACUUCUGAGUAUCAUUUCUGUGGUGAUUUCUUUGGCGAGGAACCUAUAUUCUAUGAUAUUUUCUCAGGACCAUUUUCUGUCAUUGAUGAACAUUUCAAUUCAAUACUUCCAAAUUGUUACGAUGCUAUAGGUCUAAUGCUUAUGAUUCGCAUCAUACACCAGCACCAGCUCAUUAUGUCACGGAGGCGGAUUCCAUGCUUGGAUUCAUAUUUAGACAAGGUCAACAUUGUCUUAUGGCCUCGUUUUAAAAUGGUGUUUGACAUGCAUCUAAAUAGCCUACGCAAUGCAAAUGUGAAGACAUUAUGGGAAGAUGAUAUUCACCCUCACUAUGUCAUGAGGCGUUAUGCUGAAUUUACAGCAUCACUAAUCCACCUCAAUGUCGAGUAUGGUGAUGGGCAGCUUGAAUUAAACUUGGAACGACUGCGAAUGGCUGUUAAUGAUUUGCUUAUCAAGCUUGCCAAAACAUUUGCAAAACCUAAACUACAAACUGUGUUUUUGAUCAACAACUAUGAUAUGACAAUUGCUGUACUGAAGGAAGCUGGCCCAGAAGGUGGAAAAAUUCAAAUGCACUUUGAGGAAAUGCUGAAGAGCAACACAGCAUUAUUUGUGGAAGAAUUGCUUCUAGAGCAUUUCAAUGACUUGAUCAAAUUUGUUAAAACCCGAGCGUCGGAGGACCCAAGUGCUGGCUCUGAGAGGGCUAUCGCAGUUGCGGAGGUUGAGCCUUUAGUGAAAGAUUUUGCAAGUAGAUGGAAAGUUGCGAUUGAGCUGAUGCACAAGGACGUCAUCACGUCCUUCAGCAACUUCUUGUGUGGCAUGGAAAUCUUGAGGGCUGCAUUGACUCAGCUGCUACUUUAUUAUACUAGGCUCUCGGAUUGCAUAAAGAAGAUCGUUGGAGGAUCUGCACUAAACAAGGAUUUGGUGUCCAUAUCUUCGAUAAUGUACGAAAUUCGCAAAUACUCGAGGACUUUCUGAAUUGAUUGUGAGCCGUGUGUUGAUCGUUUGGAAUAGGAUCAUUGUUUUCACAGUUUGAAGAGAGUGGAACUUGAAACACUUUGGGAAAAAUAAUUCGUUUUUGGAUCAAGUAUAUAUAAAUAUGAUGGCAAAAAAAAAAGUAUUUUUUUUUUUUGGCUCA